AUGGAGGAUUCGAAACUCUUCCAAGAACUAGAGCAAUCAAUUCAGGAUAAUCAAAAUUCACCUUCAUUCAAGGGUUCUAAUAAAGUUCUUCAUCUAGCUCUAUCGUAUUUGAACGUUAAACGCCAAGAUGCUCACUGGGUUUGUGAUUCACGAUCAAAAAUUGCUGUACGAGAAUGUUUUUUCCUGUUUUCUUUUCAGGAUGAAAACGAUUUCUUGACGUGGUUUAAAAAGCAUCUUGGAGAACGUCUUCAAGCCUGCCCUUCCUGCAUACUGAGCUAUCAUCAGUUAAUUGAUGAAUUUAAGACUAUAUGCCUUAAUAUCUUUAACUUUGAUUCAGAUACCCUUUCUAUAGUCCUUAACAAGAUACUUCAGUGGGAUGUUUCCAGACUAAAGAAAGUUUUACAAAGUAAUAUAAAGGUUGAUUCUAGCAGCUCUUCGAAACCAAUAUUGUGUGCUUUCUAUGAAAUAUUGUAUAAUGUCGAGUUUUUAAAAAACGAAACACUUUUUGCCCUAUUUCGAAAGAGAUUUUUGGAGGCCGGAUUUCUUCGAUUAUCUAAAAAAUUAGUCCCGGGUGUCAUUUAUCUUUUAUUUACUAACGAUGAUGCCUUGAGAAAAUGGGCAUUUGGUAUACUCAAUGGUUCCGACAUCAUUCCUGCGGACGAGUUUUUAAAUCUUCAAGCGCCCUUCCUCCAAGAAAUUCGCACACUAAACGGCAGUACAUCAGACGAAGUUUUUUUAGAACGGUUUUUGAAUGGGUUUUCAGUUUUACUUAAUAGUGUUUCCUCUGAGUAUUUCGACACUUUGGGAAAGCAUGGGUUUGAACCGGUAGCCUUUGUCUUACGAGGUUUGAACAAGGCGCCCUUGAAUCAAUAUCCAUCGUACUUAAAUUGUCUACAUUCUUUGUUAAGAUGCUAUAGAACGAAAUUUUGGCAAACUUCGAAUCUUGAACCUUCUCACCUUAUACGCUUGGUUUUUGACAACAUGGCUUAUAAAGACUUGCUGAAACAGGUGAUAGAAGGAAAUAAAGACUGCAGUAGUCAAACUAUGGAUUGGAUCAUAUCUUUUCUAAAAUCACUAUCUUUAGAAAAGCAUAUGUCUAUUGUAGAAUUACUGCUCAAGAAGUGUAAUGUAUCGUUGAAUGAAGCAGAAGGAAUUGCGUAUUCGAGUAACCCUUUUUUUGAUUCUGUGUGCGAGAUCUAUUCUCUACUUUUUAACGAAUAUUUUGAGACUGUUUCUCAUAGUGACGAUUCUCAAAAAGCGUACGUGGAGUCUUUGCAAUCAAAUAUUUGCUCAAAUUUUGAUAUCUUUUACUCUAAUUUAAAAGAUUACGUGAGUCCUUUUGAACAACAGUCUUUUAAGAAAGCUUUUGAAUAUCGUUUGAAUGUGGAUGUUUAUGCUUUACGACAUACUUAUCGAAAAUACGUUCAAAAGCACAGGUUAGAUUCACCAGAAACUAAUGAUUAUGAUGCAGCCGUAGAUUCAUUUUACCAGUUCCUGUCAAAUAUGCUAAUAAUUAUUCAACGUUGGAAUCUUUCUUCUUUGAAAUCAUUGUUGGAUAAUCCGUACAAUUAUUCGUGUUUGGUUGGAUUUCUAUUUUCCCCAGUUUCCGAUAUUUCUAAUAAUGCUUGGACUAUAAUGAAUCUAACUUCUGACGCCGAAAAUACCGCCGAUGCUAUAGAUAAAUUAGCAAAACGUCGAUUUUCCGAUUCACUUCAAUCACUGUCAAAUAUUUACUCACAAUGGAUCAAGUACAGGAAUUUCAACAGUGUUAAGAGGAUUAUAUAUCAAGGAAAAUUGUUUAUCAAUUAUCUUUUCGACCCUUCAAAUGGCUUGUUACAUGGCUACAGCAUUUCCUUUAGAGAUGAAGGAAAUUGUAAUGCCUUAAAAGCAUACUGGGACAAUUUGUGGAAAUUCUUUGCCCAUUUCUUUAUUGCUCUGCCAAGUUGGCCAGUUAAAAAAGAGAAGGAUGUUCUUGUUGACAUAAUGCAUGUUUCAUUAGACUGUUGCCAAAUGCUUUUAAAAAGCUUUCAUCAGGUAUCUGAGUUCAUAAGUGGCAUUGAUAUUUCAGUGUCCUUUUCCAAAUCUGAAGCUAGCGAUGAUUCCAAGAAAUCCUUAGCCAAUUCGAUAUUGAAUUCUUUUAUCACACUUUCAUAUUGGUUGAAGCUAAACGACUCAACUUUGUUGUCUUCAGUGGUUAGAAUUAUUUGUGCUAUGUUGAAGUUAUUCAAUAAUUUAUCUCUCCCAAUUAAUCAAAAUACUGUCGAUAUGAUUCAAAAGUCAUCUACAGCCGAGGAUGGAUCCACAAUUCUCGCUUUGUCUGAACGUGAAGAUUUAUUUCUUGCCAUUUCACCAUACUUACCUGAGCAUUUACAAACAAAGCCUUUCAAUUUGAUUACAGAAGAAACAUUAAAUCUAGAAGGUGCGGCUUCGACCAGUCCAAAUAUUUAUGUUAUAGAUGAAGAACCCAAGCAACGCGAAAAAUCUUCCACGAAAGUCCAACAGUCUCAUACUAAGCCUGCUCUUGAAAAUGUUGAUAAAGGGGCAUCAAACCAUUUUACCCUUUCAUCAAAAACUUUAUCUAAUCUUGAAAAAAAGAAAGAUACGGUUGAGAAAACGCAACCUGCUCGGCGAAAUUAUAUCCAAAAGGUGGGGGCUAAACCUGCUAAUUUAAAUGUUGGAGAUUUAUCAGAGGUACAGUCACAUAGGGCGUUGAAUAAAUUGGAUUCCAUUGCUCCAAUAAAAAGGCCAACUUUAGAACCUAAGCGCAACUUACAAUUGACUUCAAAAGAUGAGGUAUCUGCCGAAACCGAAUCUGAAUCUGACUCGGAUUCAGAUUCAGAUUCAAAUAAUAAGGAAAAUGAAAACAAUGGGCUUUUCUCUUUAAUGCGUGAUGCUUCUAAUCAGACCAAAGCAAAUGCUCCGCGUCGCCAAGUGCAGCUUUUAGAUAUAAAUUCCUUGAAGACCAGCAAUGUUGUACAUCCUGCACAACGUCACAGGGAAGUUCAUCAAAGCAUUUAUACUUCCCGUCAAAGGUUGUUUCCUGAUAUUCAAGGUUUUUUCAGAAUCCUUUUAAGCUGGAAUCCUCUACUCAAUUUUGAGAUAGAUGUGGACAAAAAAAAUUUAAGUUGCCGGAGUAUAGAAACUUCGUACUUAUCCCCAGAAGCUUAUGAAAAAGUUUUUAUGCCUUUCUUAUUCAACGAAUGUUGGGCUCAGAUUCGUGCAGCGAUCGAAGAAAGCCAAUAUACGCCUUUAGAAUUGACUUUAAAUACUCGUACCUCUGUUGAUAGUUUCGUUGAGAUAGGAUGUAGCUCUAAAACAAUCACUGAGUUACAGUAUCUUAGUGAUACUGACAUAUGCGUGUUAUCCAAGUCAAACAAGCCUACCUCACCGGGAAAAGAUGAUAUAUCAAUUCUUGCUAAAAUCCAGUCAAUAACAAGAAAAAAAGAAUCCAUCGAUAUCUUUAUUCGUGUUAAUUCUGACGCAAAAUCCCUUCAGGAAAUGAUUCCAGGUGCUCAUUUUUACUUACAGAAACUUUUUAGUGCCACAACCAGCCUGCGUGAAUACUCUGCUCUAAAGUCACUCCCUUUUAUUAGUCUUUCCAGAGACAUUUUGAAUGCAAAUGUAAGCAAAUCUUUGGAUAACACUGACAAUGAAGGCUUAAAAAAAAUUAUGGGCUGUUAUGGUGCUAAUGAACCUCAAGCAAAAGCUAUCAGAGCCGCUUCUAAUAGAGAGGGUUUUACGCUUGUACAGGGUCCACCGGGUACAGGUAAAACCAAGACUAUUCUGGGAAUGAUUGGUGCAAUUUUAACAUCGAAAGGUCAGGGUUUACGAUUUUCUGCCCCUGGACAAUCGAAACCUGUUCAACAAAAGCAGAAAAAUAGAAUUUUAGUUUGCGCUCCUAGCAACGCUGCGAUUGAUGAAAUUUUACUACGUUUAAAAGACGGGGUGUACGACCAUGAAGGUAUAAAAUUUAUGCCCAAAGUAAUUCGGAUAGGUUUCACCGAAUCGAUCAACGUUCAUGCAAAGGAGUUUACAUUGGAAGAACAAAUGGCUAAACAAAUGGAGAUUACUAAUUUAAAAAAACAUGAAGAAUCUUCUGAUUCGGGCGAGAUCAGGAAAAAACAUGACGCUACACUUUUGGAACGUAACAAAUUAAGGGAAAGUAUAGAUUCAAUUCGCCAAGCUGGCAAGGAUAGUUCUACGUUAGAACUAAAGCUUAGAGAAGUUACACGCCAAAAAAAUGCCCUCGAACAAAGCCUAGAUGAAAUGCGCAAUAGACAUCAAAGUGCCAACAGGAGUAUGGAUUUGGCUAAAAAACAAAUUCAAUUACAACUCCUUCAGGAUGCUGACGUAGUUUGUGCUACAUUGUCAGCCAGUGGUCAUGAAACGUUGCUGAAUGCCAACAUAAGCUUUCCUACGGUAAUUAUAGAUGAAGCUGCUCAAGCGGUUGAGCUUAGCUCUCUUAUUCCAUUAAAAUUUGAUUGUAAAAGCUGCAUUAUGGUUGGAGAUCCAAACCAGUUACCACCCACUGUGCUCUCAAAGUCUGCUUCCAAAAAUGGUUAUGAUCAAUCGCUUUAUGUUCGUAUGUUUAAAAGGAAUCCAGAUAGUGCUUAUCUUCUUAGUAUCCAAUAUAGAAUGCAUCCGGAAAUUAGCAAAUUCCCUAGUCAUUACUUUUAUCAGUCGAAACUAAUUGAUGGACCGAAUAUGACUUCUGUUGCAGAUCGUCCUUGGCAUCACGAUGCCUUGUUUGGUGUUUACCGUUUCUUCAAUGUCGUUGGUAAAGAGUCUGUAUCAAGGUCCAAAUCCUUGUACAACGCCGAUGAAGCAUCAUUUGUGCUUUUACUAUACGAAAAACUUUCACAGAAUUUUGUGAAUAUUGAUUUUGAAGGAAAGAUUGGUAUCGUUACACCUUACCGAAGCCAGGUUCAGGAGCUUCGCUACCAAUUCCAGAAAAAGUUUGGAUCCAUUAUUUUCAAAUACCUUGACAUACAUACUGUAGACGGUUUUCAAGGACAAGAAAAAGACAUAAUUAUUUUUUCUUGCGUCAGGAGCUCCAUGGGAAAUGGUAUAGGUUUCUUGCAAGACAUACGACGUUUGAACGUAGCUUUGACUAGAGCAAGAUCUUCUUUGUACAUUGUGGGAAGUACUGAACCUUUACUACAGAAUGAAGUUUUUCGCAACCUAAUCGGGGACGCCAAAACAAGAAAUUGCUGGAUGCGUGUCAGUUUCGAACAACUAUUGCAUUGGAAAUCUGAUCCUAAGAAGUUAAAAGUAAAGUCGACUAAAGAGCAUAAUAUUGUCGAUGAUGAUCUUAUUAAAGAAGAAUCGGAUAGCUUACCACGAAACGAGCGUUCGCCAUCAAUAACUCCGUAUACAGAAUCAAAACAGGAGAUUGUCAAUGCACCCUUUUCUUCUGGUUCCAAUAACUUUAAUAAGGACAAGGAACAAACUAAACGUUCUGGCAAAGUAGUAAACUCAGAUGUGGUUAAUUCAAGAACGUUGAAGGAUCAGUCUAAAGAAAAGAAGGAAAUUACAAAGCAAAACGAGACCGUUGAUUCAAAUGAACUACCAAAUAAACGAGAACAUAAUUUUGGUGACAAGGCUGAUCGUAAAAAGCUGAAAAAGCCUAAAGAAGAGAAAAAGCCGGAUGAUGGUCAUAAAAAAUCUAAGAAAUCAAAGAAACCAAAAUCUAAGCUUGCUUUGGCUGCUAUGGCACGAGGCUUUCGUCCACCAUCUUAA